ACUGGAAAAGUGUUUAAGACCAGCUAGCCAUGUCUUUAUCAUCCGUUUAAGACCAGCCACGUGACGGGCUCUCGACCAAUAGAAAUGGCUAAACUGUCUGAGGUAUUUAUGAAUCAUAAUUCAUUUCGAUAGAAUUGAACAAUUAAGAGAUUGAGUGACUUGUGAUUGACUUUCAAUGACUUUAUUACAAUUCUGCAAAAGGUUUUCAAUUGUAAAGCGUAAGACCAUGCCAAGAAAAAAACACCUCAAAUUACUUGUGCUUAUGUAUUUUGUAGAGGUGAUGUGCCCAUCGCUUUUGGAGAGUGAAGCUGAGAUCAGCCAUCUACAAAGUAACACGGCGAACAGGACUUACAGGCUUGGGGAGGUAUUGGACUACCGCUGUGAUGCGGGCUAUCGUAUCCUUGGCAAGACCUGGAGGGAAUGUUCAGGACCAAGCUUACACUUCCCCAACAGGACAUGGUCAGACCUUGAUCCUAUCUGCUCAGAAAUUGAAUGUCCAGACCCCGGUCACAUCCAGUUUGGAGGAAGUAGGUACCUAGAGUCCCGGAAGGUAGGAGGACGUGUAACUUUCCGUUGUCGAUCUGGCUACAGCCUCCAAGGAUCAAGAGUCAGGCACUGCCUACCGAAUGGGAAGUGGAAUGGUUCAUUAACCACAUGCGAUCAUGAGAGUUUCUACUGCCCAAACCCUGGCAUUCCUAUUGGAGGGCGAAUGGUUAAUGCACGGGGUGUGCGAUUCCGGAAAGGCGAAAGAGUGUCGUAUGAAUGCAACAGAAACAGGGUGUUGCUAGGCUCAGAUGAGCGAGAGUGCCUCAAAUCAAGAGGCUGGAGCGGGGAACCUCCAACAUGUCGAGGGCCGUAUGACUUUGAUGACAGCGUUGAGGUGGCAGCAAGGAUGGCAUACGACAUCGAAGGCCUUGCAUCCAAUCUGGAAACCACCACCGCCGACAAUGCACCAGGUCCCAGAGGGAGGUUCAUAGAUGUCAGACACCCUGGAGGGAUGGAUAUCUACUUUGUUUUUGAUGCAUCUGGUAGCAUUCCAAAGGCUCACUUCAAAUACUACGUGGACCUGGCCAAAGUUCUUGUUACACAGGUUGGUGAGGCUAACGGUCGCCCACGUGCUCGGUAUGGAGUCUGUCUGUUUGCAUCUAAGGCUCGAAUGGCUAUUCAUGUCUCCGAACCUCAAAGGACCGUACGAGUUGUGCACUUUGCUCUGGAUGAUAUGAUCACACGCCUAUCACAAAACUACUACCAAAUAGGAAAGGGAACAGCAACGGGCAAAGCACUCAAGCUUGUCCACGAAAACAUAAAGGAAGAUGAUAGGACAGCAAAGAAAUAUCUUUUCCUCUUCACAGAUGGCAAAACAAACAUGGGUGCCCAUAUUGGCUUGCCAGAGACAGAAGCAAAAGUCCUGCGCGAGCAUUAUCAUUUUGAAAUCCACUGUAUUGGAGUUGGCCUCGAAACAGAUGUCAGGGAACUGAGGGCGAUUGCAUCCGGCCAAGAUAACAUGUUCUUGAUAAAAGACUAUUGGGAUCUUAACAUCCUGGCCCAGGUUAUUACGAGACAGAAAUUGGACUACUCGCCAUGCGGGCGCAAUGGAAAAUCACAUCAACAGCCUUCGUCAAGAAUAGUCGGCGGAGAUAAUGCUAAAUCUGGCGAAUGGCCCUGGCAAGUGGCUCUGUUCUGUGAGGAUGUUACAGGAUCUGAUGGAUAUGUGCCCAGGUUUUUCUGUGGUGGUAGUCUCAUUGCUCGUAACUGGGUUCUGACAGCUGCACACUGCUUCAGAGACAACCACUGCCCAUGGUCUGACAUCAGAGUAUACACAGGUAUAAUCAACAAAUCCAAGAGAAAACUACAAAAUGUUAACCCAUCCCUAGUGUACAACUUGGAUGGUGAAGACGCCCUGAUAAGACAUGGAGAAUACAAUGACCACAACCUUGAUAAUGAUAUAGCCCUGCUGCGUUUGAGCCGGAAUGCUACAUUCAGUCCAAGCGUGAGACCUGUCUGCAUGCCACAGCCAACAAUGCAAGAUUCAACAAUUUAUGCACAACGUGGAGACGCCUUCGUAACUGGCUGGGGAUCCAACCAAACGUGUAACAUCGACUCUGAAUGCCGCCGUCACGAUUCUUCAAAAUACCUGAAGCAACUUGCUGUGCCUAUGCGCACAAAUAAAGAAUGUCGGGAGAGUCUUAAACUAAACUACACCAAGAAGUACAGUGAAUUUAAUUACAAGCACGACCUAGCUUUCUGUGCAGGCUAUGAAGAAGGGAACCAGGACGCAUGUAAGGGAGACUCGGGAGGGCCAGUCAUGAGGCAGAUGACCGUUGCAGACGGCAGCAAACGAUGGGUCCAGAUAGGCAUUGUCAGCUGGGGAGAAGGCUGUGCUCAAAAGGGUCGAUAUGGAAUUUACACCAGACUCUCAGCUUACAAAGAUUGGGUCCAAGAUCACAUUGGCUCUGCACCCUAUGCUAUACAAAACUGAACCCCACAAAACAUGGCAGGCCUAUAAUAAUUACAUGUGACCUAUACAGUGCGAGUCAAAUAAAACU